UUUUCUUGCUUGUGACAAGUUAAAGAAUAGUCUUGGCUGAAAUCUGUAAUGAGAAACUUCAAAUAUUUUGAAAAAGACUAUUCUUCUUGUCAUGUGUCGACCAACACAGGUUUUGGUACUUUUCUCGAAACUCUAGUUAGAGAGAGUUUCCAUAUAAAUAAACUAAUCGAAGCAGAGAUUUCUCUCACAUCAGUUUUGGCUAGGAAUGGCAUCCUUGACAAAAAAGCUUAUGCAUGCACUUCAGUAUGAUAGAUAUGGCGGAGGAGCUGCUGCUUUAAAGCAUGUUGAAGUUGCAGUGCCCACUCCAAAUAAGAAUGAGGUUUUGGUUAAAUCGGAAGCUAUAACUCUUAAUCCAUUUGAUAUGAGAAUUCAGAAAGGAGUCGCUCGGCCUAUUUUUUUGCCUCGCAAAUUUCCUCACAUUCCUGGAACUGAUGUGGCUGGAGAAAUAGUAGAGAUUGGACAUGGUGUCACUAAGUUCAAAGCCGGUGACAAAGUUGUAGCCACUGUACCAUACACUAUUGGAGGUGCACUAGCUGAAUUUGUUGUAGUUAAUGAGAGCUUGACAGUAGCUCGACCACCUCAAGUGUCAGCUGCCGAGGCUGCAGGGUUGCCUAUUGCUGGCCUAACAGCGCACGCAGCUCUCACUCAAGCUGCUGGGAUCAAGCUCGAUGAUCACGGCACCGGGAAUAAGCAACCAAUAAACAUUCUGAUCACUGCAGCCUCCGGUGGCGUAGGUCACUAUGCUGUUCAACUGGCAAAGCUUAGAGAAAACACACAUGUUACAGCUACUUGUGGUGCUCGUAACAUUGAGUUUGUGAGGAGCUUAGGUGCUGAUGAGGUUCUUGACUACGCCACCCCAGAAGGGUCAGCUCUGAAAAGCCCAUCUGGUCGAAAAUACGAUGCUGUGAUUCACUGCGCCACCGGCAUUCCUUGGUCAACUUUCGAGCCUAAUCUGAAUAAGAACGGGAAGGUUAUCAACCUUACUCCUGGGCCAGCUGCGUUUUUUACUUUUGCUCUGAAGAAACUGACCUUCUCUUCGAAGCAAUUGGUGCCAUUUUUUUUGACUGCCAAGGGUGAGAACCUGGAGUAUCUUGUUGAGUUGGUGAAGGAAGGGAAACUCAAGACAGUGAUUGACUCAAAACACCCGCUGAGCAAGGCUGACGAUGGUUGGGCCAAGAGUAUUGAUGGUCACGCUACUGGGAAAAUCAUUGUGGAGCCGUAGGCAGUGGACGCAGAUUAUUUAUCUUAGCAUUGCAACUGAUAUGUAUUAGAAUUAGAAUGGCUUUUGAGUGUGAGGACCAUGGUUGUCCUGAUUUGUAUUUAUAGUAAUUACAGAGCUUGGUAUUUUUUUCAUGUAAAUUUGUGCUAUAUUUACACAGCUAUUCUUCAUGUA